AUGCAGACGCGCGCGAAGAAAAUACGGCGCGGACGCCCCUCCGCCCCCCCGGCCGAGGAGGAAAUCACUGAGGUGGAGGAGCACGACGUGGGGGAGAAGCCUCUGGAGGCCGCGGCGCCGUCGAUGGCGACCGCGCCGGGCUCGGAGAUCCUGGAGGCGUCGACCUCGCCGGGCUUUCGGGUGGUGCAGAUCCUCGAGAACUACGGGAUCGCGGGCGGGGACAUCAAAAAGUUGAUGGAGCACGGCUUCUACACCGUCGAGUCCGUGGCCUACGCGCCGAAAAAGCACAUCCUCGCGGUGAAGGGCAUCAGCGAGGCGAAGGCCGAGAAGAUCAUGGCGGAGUGCGCGAAGUUGGUGCCGAUGGGCUUCACCUCCGCGGUGGCCUACCACGAGGCCCGGAAGGAGAUCGUGAUGGUCACCACCGGGAGCCGCGAGGUGGACCAACUGCUCGGCGGGGGCGUCGAAACGGGCAGUAUUACGGAGCUCUUCGGGGAGUUCCGCACCGGGAAGUCCCAGCUUUGCCAUACCCUCUGCGUGACCUGCCAGCUCCCGAUCUCCCAGGGGGGGGCGGAGGGGAUGGCGUUGUAUAUCGACACCGAGGGGACCUUCCGCCCGGAGCGGCUCGUCGCGGUGGCGGGGCGCUACCAGCUCGACCCGCAGGACGUCCUGGCGAACGUGGCCUGCGCCCGGGCCUUCAACACCGACCACCAGCGCCAGCUCCUCGUCCAGGCCGCCGCGAUGAUGGCGGAGAAUCGCUUCGCCCUGGUCGUCGUGGACUCCGCGACGGCGCUUUAUCGGACGGAUUACUCCGGCCGGAGCGAACUCGCCGCGCGGCAAAUCCACCUCGGCCAAUUCCUGCGCGCCCUGCACAACCUCGCCGAGGAGUUCGGCGUCGCCGUCGUCGUGACCAACCAAGUCGUCGCCAACGUCGACGGCGCCGCGCCGCUCUUCCAGGCCGACGCGAAGAAGCCCAUCGGGGGGCAUAUCAUGGCCCACGCCUCCACCACCCGCCUGAGCCUGCGAAAAGGCCGGGGGGAGCAGCGGAUUAUCAAGGUCUACGACUCCCCUUGCCUCGCCGAGGCCGAGGCGAUCUUCGGCAUCUACGAGGACGGCGUGGGGGACGCGCGCGAUUGA